GUGUGUGUGUGUGUGUGUGUGUGUGUGUGUGUGUGUGUGUGUGUGUUUCAGCCCCGUGCAGCUCGACGACUUUGAGGUUUAUUUUAAAGAAAUGAGCAAAGACUCGGCCUACAAGUUCUCUCUGCAGUUUGAGGAGCUGAAGACCAUGGGUCUGGACCUGAGCCACGAUGCUGCAGACCUGCCCGUCAACAGGCCCAAGAACAGAUACACCAACAUCCUCCCCU